CAGUUCGAUACGUGUUUACGUAAGAGACGUCCUCACUAGUGAUACUACGUAAAUUCCAAAAGACAGGAAGUGUGAUGUGGCUUUGAUUGCUAUCAAAAUGUCAGCCAUUUUCAACUUCCAGUCACUGCUAACCGUGAUUCUCCUGCUGAUCUGUACCUGUGCCUACAUCAGAGCGCUCGCUCCCAGCCUGUUGGACAAGAAUAAAACCGGACUCCUAGGAAUUUUCUGGAAAUGUGCCAGAAUAGGUAAGCAUGUUAUUAAUGCCUCUCAUUAAAUUAGAAUAUUAUCA